AUGAGCGAUCUCGAAGCCCUCCACCAAGAAUUGGAAGACGCCAUGCUGGCAUACUUCGAGAAGUACCCAGACCCACCAGCUCCCAAGUGGCAACACGGCCGGCUCCAAGCCGCAUUGGCCAACAACGAUAUUGAUGAAGAAGAAGAGAAAGCCAAAAAAUCCAAUUUUGGCUUUAGCAACUCAAAAGUUACUAUUCAAAAGUAA